AUGGACGUUGAAGUAUCCGAUGUGAAGAAGAGUCUAGUGCUGGCAGAAAAUAGUCCUGGAAAGGAUAGUACUGAAUAUAUUAUUAUUUUUGAGCCUCGGUUAUCACCUUUAACAAGAACAUUAGAGCCAUAUAUACUACCAUUUAUGUUUUAUAACGAUGUUAAGAAGCAGCAACAAAUGGCAGCACUUACAAAAGAAAAGGACCAGUUAUCUAAAUCUAUUAUUAUGUAUAGAAGUCUAUUUGAAGCAAGCAAACAGCUUCUUGAUGAAAUGAAAUGCCAAGUGGAAGAAGCAAAAUUAAAGGAGUCCCAGUUGCGAAAUGAGUUGAAAACAUAUAAUAUUGAUAUUCCUACAACACAACAGGUAUAGCU